AUGUCUUACAGGCAAAUGAAUACAUCCAACAGAGAAAACACUACCACCAUCACUCACUUUAUCCUCCUGGGCUUUCCUUCCAGUCCAGAAAUGCAGCUCCUCUACUUUGGGCUCUUCUCAACAACAUACAUCCUGACCCUGACAGGCAAUGCACUCAUUGCCUGUGCUGUGCUGUUAGACAGGCGCCUUCACACCCCCAUGUACAUCCUCCUGGGAAAUUUCUCUCUCCUGGAAAUGUGUUAUGUCAGUACAACCGUUCCAAACAUGUUGGCCAACUUCCUGUCCACAAGCAAGUCCAUCUCCUUUCUAAGUUGUUUUGCACAGUUCUACUUCUUCUUCUCUUUUGGAUAUGAUGAGUGCUUCUUCCUUUGUGCCAUGGCCUUUGACAGGUACUUGGCCAUCUGCCGACCUCUGCAUUACCCACACAUUAUGACUAAGCAGAUGUACACUGGUCUUGUCAUCUCUGGGUGGUCAUUUGGGUUCAUUGUCUAUUUAUCCCCAGUCAUCCUCAUUUCAAAACUACCAUAUUGUGGCCCAAAUAUCAUAGACCACUUUUUGUGUGAUCCUGUCCCUUUGAUGAUGCUGUCCUGCUCUGAAGACACCAUCACUCAGUUCCUUUACUCAACUUUCAAUGUUAUUUUCAUCACUGGUACCUUCCUCUUUGUUCUUUGUUCCUAUGCUCUGGUGAUCCUAGCUGUGCUAAAGAUGCCUUCAACAGCAAGUAAACACAAGGCUUUCUCCACUUGUGCUUCUCAUUUGACAGUUGUGACACUGUUUUAUGGUCCUGUUAACAUGAUGUAUGUUAGUCCUGGGUCAGGACACCCAGAGAAAAUGCAAAAACUAAUUACCUUGUUUUAUUCUGUGGUAACACCCCUCUGCAAUCCUCUAAUAUAUAGCCUCAGAAACAAAGAAAUGAAGGCUGCUCUGCGGAAAAUCUUCAGUGUUGAACAAAGUCUUCAUAAGAUAUAAAUGAGAGUCAGACUCCAUCUCUAAAGUGCAGCUCAUGUUAAUUAGUGUAGCAUUUUGCUUUACAAAUUUUUAGUUUUAUUAAUAAACUGCUACUCGAGAACUCUUGCCAUACAAACCUCUACUCAUAACAUUAAUAACUUGUACAAUAUUGGUUUUAACCGUGGAAACAUCAUUUAAACCACAGGGGUGGUGCAAUGGCAACGGGGGCCCCUUCCAUUAAAAAAAAAAAAAAAAAGCCUUGGUUGAGAGGAUUUUCUGAACUGGAAAGAAAGUACUGGAAAGAAAGUACUUUUAAGUUCUGAAAAAAUAAUUGUCUUUACCAGACAUCAAGUUGCAGUUGCUAUCAUGAUUCCAUCCUGACUUCAGUGGGCAGACAACCUCACCGAUGUGUCUUAG